AUGAGCGUGGUAUACAAGAACAAGACAGGCGACGUUCUACUCGCCCAGAACUGGGAUUGGCAGAAGGAACAAGCUGCCAACCUUUUUGUCUGCCACAUCAGUCUACCGGGUACAAAUCUCCCCGACGUUUCCAUGGUCACCGAGGGCGAGGUCAUCGGGAAAAUUGGGUUCAACUCAAGCGGCGUGGUAGUUUGUUUGAACGCAAUCGGGGAAAAAGCACUCGAGUCCGGCUCGGUCAUCGGAACAGCCGGGAGCGGCAAUAUUCUCGUAUCUGAUCACUCAAAGGCCCUCGGAUCAGAGUUAACAAGUUCUGGUAUCAAGGAACUUCAGUUGAAUAAUGCAUCUUAG